AUGGCUAUCUCAUCAACUCGUGUUAUUGGAGUAGUUCUCUUAAUUGUUCUUUUUAGUGGCAUUAUGGUUUCUGCUGACGUGUUAGGGCGGCGCAUGCUUGGUGCAGGCGGCGUAGGUGGUGGUGGUGUUGAUGGCUUAGGUGGCCUCGGAAUUGGUAUUGGUGGAAGUCUUGUCCAUGAUAUAAAUGGUGGAAUGGGACUUGGUGGCGGUUUGCUUGGUGGUAAAGGUCUUGGUGCUGGUGGUGGUAACUAA